GGAGCCAUCUUCUGCCUGUUCCUCUUCAUUCUCCUCACUUACAUAGAGCCUGACUGUGCAGUUGAACCUGCUACAGGCAGAGCAUAAACUAGGCAUGCUUCUGAGGGCCACAUGUCAGCUAACUGAUUUUCCAAAAGUUACAAAGAGCGUUAUCCACACAUAAGAGUAGAGGAUGAAGUACAAAGCAAGGCACUAGAAAUAAAGGAGAAGUUAACUGACAGAGCAACCCAAGGAUUUGUACUUCAGAUUCAGCCAAUCAGCUGUUUACAUGCCCAGCCAAUCAGGGAAGAGCAGAGGUGACUUGUGGAUAACUGAUCCUUGGUCCCAACAGUCUUUUGUGACAGUUGGUGAGAGAGGAGCAAAAUGAUGGAGAUUCUGAGCGUUGGCAUGCGAAAAAGAAGAAGAGAAGAAGAAGAAGAGAAAGAAGAGGAGAUCAUUUCCCCUGGGUGCAGCCCUGAAUUCAAAAGGGCCAAGCCCCAGGGUGAUCUGCGUGGGACCAGCACCCCUACAGCUGAGGAACCGGUGCCAGAGGGGGAGCCAUGGAACACCCUGACCAACCUGGCUGAUGCCCUGCAGACCUUCAGGGAGUAUGGAGAGGAGUGUUACCUCUAUAAAAAAGGCCUGGAGGGAGGUUAUCAGCUGGAAAAUUUCCUAGAAAAUCAGAAGGAAAUAAAUCCAACAUCCUGGAACCACAUCACCACCCUAAUGAUUAAUGUGCACAGGUACCUGAGAUUGGACUUUCAGACCCUGUGCCUGGGUAUCAACUUCCUGGAGCGGUAUGUGUCCUGCACUCCUACUGACCCCGACACCCUAACAAGAGCGGGAGCCACUUGCCUCUACAUGGCUUACAAAGUGGCUGAAUUAAGGUACCCCCUCCCCCCCAAGCUCUUCCUACCUCUGUUUGACUACAGAAUGACACCAGCUGAAAUGCGUCACCUGGAGAGAACCAUCCUAAGGAAGUUGCUGUUUCGCCUGGGGGUACCAACCAUCGAUUUCUUUUUGGAGCACUUCUCCCUGUUGAGACUGACCAACCAGGAGUGUUCCCCUGCCCAGCUCACAAGAGCAGCCAAAAGCCUAACAGCUGCCCGAGGCAUCGCAGCACUGUGCCUGAACCAACAUCAAGACUUCUACAUGCACCAACCAUCUCUCAUGGCACUGUGCUGCCUCAAUGUGGCAGAUAAAAUCUAUUGUUAUAGCAACCCUGUCAAAGUGGCCCCCACUGACUACCCAGAACACCAAAUUGAGGAGUGCAUGGAAAAGAUCUGCCAUCUAGUUACUAUAGGCCACUACUUUUUACAUCCGCUGCUGCCAGGAGUUUAUCCAGAAAUAUUUCCAGCUUUUAAUCCUCCCACCACAAGGCCAGUAGCAACACCUAAGGAUAUAAAUUCUCCUGGAGUAAGAACACCAGAACAGGAGAGGGGCCAACAUCUACCUGAAGGCAGAGAGAGAACACCAGAGGUGGCAACAACAUCCAGGGACACAGCAGGUUCCCAGCACGUAGAGAUGGCAGAAAGAUCCAGCCAUUCUCAGGACAUGGAAGGGGCCGGUUAUGUGCUACACAACACAUACUGGCCCACUGAUCCAUACGGGCAAGUAUAUAUGCACCCCUACAUGCCAACACCUUCAUACUGGCACCCAUACAUGCCCCCCACUUCCUACUGGCACCCAUACAUGCCCCUAGUUGCCUACUGGCACCCAUACAUGCCCCCAGUUUCCUACUGGGACCCAUAUUUCCAGCACACAUUUCCACACAGGUAAACAUACAAACUCACAUACAUGCUAGCAGUUUAAUAUAGAGUGCUUGUGUACAUCUGGGUGAGAGUUAAGGGUUGAUGUUGAUGAGAGAGUGCACACAUGUUUUUUGUGAGAGUGCCAAUGUUUUUUGAUUUGUGGGAGUGCUUGUGAUUAUACUUUUAUACUAAUCAACACAAGUGCCAGUAUUGGGGAUAACUAUUUCUGGUAAGACCAUGGGGGGGGUGACAUUGCCAGGGCACCCAGUACCAUCACCAAGCAGAGCUGUCACUUUCCAUACACUCUUAAUUUCCCAACAGACAAACAGAGAGGCAAACAUGUGUUCACCAAUUACUGUACAUUUCUGAACUCUUGCAAAGCUCCAUAGGGCGCAUUGAUCCUGGGAAUAAUUCCGAUUGCCAUUUAGGAGUCAGGAAGGAAUUUUUGCCUCUAGUGAAGCAGAUUGGCCCAAGCUUCUCUUCAGGUUUUUUGCCUUCCUUGGGAUCAAACAGCCCUAUGUGGUGGGGUUACCAGACCCUCUGGUGAUGGGAGGACACGUAUAGAAGGUGCAUUUAUAUUGCAGUGUGCAGCUCUUUCUAUAUGUGCCCUCUGAUUUCCAGUGAUCUGAUAACCCUAUAGUGAGCAUCACAUUUCAUAAAUUAUAUAUUUAAUAAAGCUGUGAUUUUCACAGAUUUAAAAUAAA